AUGCUAUCUUCCUUUCUCAUGAGUAUUGUGUGGGAUUGGGACCAAACAGCUAAGUCGUGCCGCACCUGUUGCCAACCGCGUAGGGCUGAUGGCAAUCGAAAAGCGGGUGAACAACUUGCCCUUGAGAAGACGACAUUGGUGGCAAGACUAGAUCUCCUAAGCCUGUUUCAGGCAUCCUUUACCCUAGACUGGACGCCUCUCCUUAUCACGCACUGCUUCGGCCCAACUAAGUCUGCUGCGGCUGAGCUGUAG